UGAGCAAGUAGCUAGCGUUAGCUGCAGUAAAGCGUCGGUUCUUGUGAAGAACAGCUGCAACAAACAAAUUCACGGCCACCCAACUGCUGUUACGGGCCGUUGGAAAAUGGCGAGGUACCUGAGGCCUCCUAACACCUCCCUCUUCGUCAGAAACAUCGCCGACGAGUCCAGGCCAGAGGAUAUCCGACAAUGGUAAAGAUACUGUUCUGGAGACCCAGCACCAAAGAAAGUUGAAAGGCGGUUGUAGAGUUAGAUUCAAGCCAAAGACACCCAGGCGACAAGCCGUAGUGGAAUUGGGAUAUUAAAGAGAGAGCAAAAGCAUGAAGAUACAAAGAGGAGAACAGAGAGCGUCCAGGCUUCCAUUUGUCUACCAAAGGGAGGAAAAGCAAAGUGUUUAUUGGGCAAAGACAAGCAGGAAACCUCAAGUUCUUCUGCCAAGACAAUAAAGAUCAAGCUGAAGGUCAAAGGUCAAGCAUGUUAAAGGUAACAAGCCAAACUUUUUUCACGUUCGAAGAUGUCCGGGAUGCAGAAGACGCCCUCCACAACCUGGACCGCAAAUGGGUUUGUGGACGUCAGAUCGAGAUCCAAUUUGCCCAAGGAGACCGCAAGACUCCUAACCAGAUGAAGACCAAGGAGCACCACUCCCCUCGCAGUUCCUCUCGCCACGAUGACGAGCGGGAUAGCCGCCGAAGACGGUCUCGGAGCCGUAGCUACGACCGCCGCAGGUCAAGGAGCCCCUCCUACGAACGCCGUCCUCGGAGGUCUGAGAGCCCCAGAGACUCUCGGUCCUACAGUCGUCACAGACAGAGCAGAAGCCAUGAAAAUGACAAGUACCGAGGUCCUCCCCGUGAGCACCACAGAGCACAGCCUGAGCCGGGCUCACGAAGCCACUCUGCGUCCUGCUCGCCUUCGCCCUCCAGAUCCAGGCCUAAAGGUAAAAAGAGCCAGUCCAGGUCUCACACCCCGGCUGAAGAUUUCAACCCAACCUCCAGCUCCCAGAAACAGUCUGCGGGACGGUCUCCUUCACGCUCCUACUCUCGAUCCAUGUCUCGAUCACGCUCUCGCUCCAGGUCCUGGGCUGGACGCAAGUCAGGUGGUCACUGACUCUCUUUAGUAGCCCUUGGAACAUUCAAGUUAUGAUAACUAGAGUGUUAUGCUCUUCAUUUGCAUUGUUUAUCAUCACAUUAUGGCGGAAUCUGUCACCAAAGGAAAAGGCAGUGGCUGAGAUGUUUUUUUUUUUAAAGCAGAAUGAAAGUGUUUUGUUCUAACGUGAUUCGUGAAAGCACAGGCCAAGUUACGUUUUUUUGGACUUGUGUAAUGUGGGAAGUCAUGGACAUGUGACGGUUACAAUAUAUUUUUUUAAACUUUGAGUUGGCAGUAUAUAAAUUCAUACACUUGUUAAUAUGAUGUAUGUCUCAGUUUGGUGUGUUAUGUAAACAUGAAUAAAAAUUAAAAUCAA